UUUCCCUUCCUGCUGCCUUUGUUCUACCGCGCACUCUGUGAGCCGAUCCGCUACUCGAUUCCUGAGGAGUUGGCCAAAGGCUCGGUGGUGGGGAAUCUCGCCAAAGAUCUAGAGCUCAGUGUCUUGGAUGUGUCCUCUAGGAAGCUGCGAGUUAGCGCGGAGAAGCUGCUUUUCAGUAUAGACAGGGAGAGCGGGGACUUGCUGGUGAAGGACCGAAUAGACCGCGAGCAGAUUUGCGGGGAGAGAAGAAGAUGUGAGUUGCAGUUGGAAGCCGUGGUGGAAAAUCCCUUAAACAUUUUCCAUAUCAUUGUGGUUGUUGAGGAUAUUAAUGACCAUGCCCCUCAAUUCCAUAAAGAUGAAAUAAACUUAGAAAUCAGUGAAUCUGUCAGCCCAGGAACGGGAACAAUUCUUGACUCUGCAAAAGAUCCUGACAUUAAUAUGAAUUCACUGAGCAAAUACCAACUAAGUCCUAAUGAAUAUUUCUCAUUGGUGGUGAAAGACAAUCCCGAUGGUGGCAAAUAUCCAGAAUUAAUAUUGAAGAAGACCCUGGACCGAGAAAUGCAGAGCUCUCACCACUUGGUACUAACAGCCUUGGAUGGUGGGGAUCCGCCCCAGAGCGGCACUGCUCAGAUCCGAAUCCUGGUGGUGGAUGCCAAUGAUAACCCCCCUGUGUUCAGCCAAAGUGUGUACAGGGUCAGCAUUCCGGAAGAUGUGCCCCCAGGCACCUCUGUGCUGAAGGUGAGCGCCACUGACCAAGACGAAGGCUUCAACGCAGAGGUCACCUACUCCUUCCUUGGUGUGACUGAUAAAGCCCAGCACGUGUUCUCUCUGGAUUCUGCAACAGGAAACAUUGUAACUCACCAGCCCUUGGAUUUUGAAGAAGUAGAAAGAUACGUAAUGGAUGUAGAAGCAAAGGACCGAGGAUCUCUCUCUACACGGUGCAAAGUAAUUAUAGAAGUUUUAGAUGAAAACGACAACAGCCCGGAAAUAAUCAUCACGUCUCUCUCUGAUCACAUUUUGGAGGAUUCCCGUCCAGGAAUGGUUGUGGCCCUCUUCAAAACAAGGGACUGGGAUUCCGGUGAAAAUGGAAAAGUCACGUGUAAUUUAAGUAGAAACGUUCCAUUCAAGAUUCAUUCUUCUUCUAAUAAUUACUACAAGCUGGUAACAGAUGGGGACCUGGACCGAGAACUGACCCCGGAGUACAAUGUCACCAUCACAGCCACCGACAGGGGCAAGCCGCCCCUCUCCUCCAGCACCACCAUCACCCUGCACGUCACCGACGUCAACGACAACGCCCCGGUUUUCCAGCAGUCAGCCUACCUGGUCCACGUGCCAGAAAACAACCCGCCCGGGGCCUCCAUCGCGCAGGUCAGCGCCUCCGACCCCGACCUGGGACCCAACGGCCAGGUGUCCUACUCCAUCGUGGCCAGCGACCUGGAGCCACGGGCGCUGUCGUCCUACGUGUCCGUGAGCGCGCACAGCGGGGUGGUGUUCGCGCAGCGCGCCUUCGACCACGAGCAGCUGCGCGCCUUUGAGCUGACGCUGCAGCGGCUGCUGGUCGCCGUGCGUGAUGGGGGACGCCCGCCCUUAUCUGCCACCGCCACGCUGCUCCUGGUCUUUGCUGACAGCCUGCAAGAAGCGCUGCCAGACCUCAACGACCACCCCACGCCCUCUGACCCCCAGGCUGAGCUGCAGUUUUAUCUGGUGGUGGCCUUGGCCUUGAUCUCCGUGCUUUUCCUCCUCGCGCUAAACAAGAUACUCUCAACAAAGAAAGCUCGUUAG